AUGGCCGCGCUGGCGGCGGACGGCGGCGACGCGCACGGCGGCGAGCGGCGCGUGGCCGUGGUGGGUGGCGGCGUCAGUGGCCUGUUCUGCGCAUCCACCCUUUCUGCGUAUGGCUACAACGUGUCCCUUUUUGAUAUGGGAAAGACAACACCGGGCGGACGCAUGACCACCCGCCGCACGUCCUGGAAGUCCCUGCAGUUCGACCACGGCUGCCAGUUUGUGCGGGCAGUGUCAGCUGAGUUCAGGGCGGUGGUUGACAGCUGGGUGGACGCAGGCGUGGCGACGCCCUGGGGCGGCAGGGUGGGGGAGCUGUGCGCGACGACCGGGAAGUUCACGCCCCGGGAGGAGCUGGCGGGCAGCGGCGAGGGCGGCAGCGGCGGCGGCGCCCGGCAGCCAGCGGGGUGA